AUGUGUGCUUGGAAUAAACUGAGACUUGUUGACAUUAUAGAAUGGACUUGUCUCCCGUCAUUUUUCUACACCUUGGCACAGGAAUCCAACAGGGAGGAAAAGCACCAGCGAUCCCACAGAAGGAAGGGCUGCAAACCGAGCCCAGGGUGUUCUGAGGAGCAAAGACCCACCCUGGGCCAGGAAGGUGGGCAGAGCUUCAGCCAGAGCUCGGAGCUGGUGGUCCCUGAUAAGCUUCAUGAUGGGGAGAAGCCCUACAAGUGCUCGGAGUGUGGGAAGAGCUUCAGGCAGAGCAACAAUCUGAAACGACACCUGAUGAUCCACACUGGGGAAUGGCCCUACAAGUGUGGGGAGUGUGGGAAGGGAUUCAGCUGCAGCUCUGCCCUUGUCACCCACCAACGCAUCCACACUGGGGAGAGGCCAUAUGAGUGUCCCGAGUGUCAGAAGAGGUUUCACACCAGCUCCACUCUCCUCCUGUACCAGUGGAUUCACACUGGGGAAAGGCCAUACAAGUGUGAGCAAUGUGGGAAGGGCUUCAGCCAGAGGUCCAACCUGAACAUCCACCAGAGGAUCCACACUGGGGAGAGGCUCUAUGAGUGUCCUGAGUGUCAGAAGAAGUUUAAGACCAGCUCAAAUCUCCUCUGCCAUCAGCGGAUUCACACAGAGGAGAGGCCCUUCCGCUGCCCCGACUGCGGGAAGAGCUUCAAGUUCAACUCCACCCUUGUCAAGCACCGGCGCAUCCACACAGGGGAGAGGCCCUACGAGUGUCUGCAGUGUGGGAAGAGCUACAGCCAGAGCUCUCACUUGACCAAACACCAACGGAGGCACUA